AUGGUACAGAACAGCACUAUGUUGCAGACAGCAGGGUGCUUCAAACAUGUAAGGUCAGUUGAGGAAAGGAAGUCGAUUGUAAAGGAGUACCUCAGGUGGUACAUCAUUGACAGAAACCACAGUGCAAUUGAAAGAUUCAAGGAUGGGCUUUCCAGCUUGCAGGUGUUAACAGUGCUGCAGCAGCAUCCUGAAGUCCUGACACCUGUUCUCUGCCUGUCAGAUAAAAAGUUAUCUGCUACGGACAUUGAGAAUAUCUUCCGACCAGAGCUAAGUCUGCGUGGAAGCAACAAGAGGCUACAGGAGGAAAAAACACUAUCUUUCUGGGCAGACUACCUUCUUGAUUGUGAAGAAAGUCAAAGUGAAGUAACCCUGGAGGAGGUCUUCAUGUUUGCCACAGGUGUGCCAUGCAUACCUCCUGCUGGUAUGGAACCUCAGCCACGCCUUCACUUCCUGGCCAGUUCAACGCUCCCUAUGGCAAAUACAUGUGCCAAUACUUUAAUGUUGCCACUCCUGGAAAACUACAACACCUUUAAGGCAAAAAUGAGCUUUGGGAUUAAGAAUUCCCCUGGCUUUGGAUGCAUUUAGACAGUUAUCAACUGUCAGCCCCUUGAACCAUUGUCAUUGAAUUACCUAUGUG